CACACCCACAAUUUGUCUCUCUUUUUCCCUCGCCACUGUCCCUGCCCCGUUUUUUGACACGGCAAAUUCGAUCGGCUUUUCAUUUUACAUCGACACUCCGACUGAGUUCACCACUCAGGGGAAACCGGCAAAAAUGAACAGACGAAUGACACUUUGAUUCUGUAUUUCGCUGUCAUCCCUCGCGAAUACAUCGUAUCAUCCUCAUCUGAGUUUAAAAAUUGUGCGGGAAUUCCAUCGAUUGAAUCUACAUGUGAUAAAUCAUUCGGUUAUUUGUGCUGUGACUGUUUUUUUUAAAAUUGUUUUUAUCAUCAAUUUUGGUGAAUAGUGAUAUGCCUGGAUUGCACUGAAAUAUUUUCAUUGAGAAUGGCGAAGAGGUCUUGGUUUAUGGCGAUCGUCUUGUUGGCGUUGCUGUUCGUCACGUCUGAUUGCCUUCGAGGACCUACCGCUAACGUCGACGUUUCGCCCUCGACGACGAUCAGAGCACGAGGUGGCUCUCGCUUCAGUCCGAAGGUCGAGGAAACACCCGAGACGUCCCCGCAGCCUUUCUCCUCUCAAUCGAGGUCGAAUCGUCGGGGGAGGCCCCCAGUUACCUCACCAUCCGGAAGAGCAGCUGACAAGAAGACUGAAAUAACUACCCUGAGAAGUAGGCGUGACCGUGAUCGUAAUAACGAGGUGAGCAGAAGUGGAAAAUUCAUCGCGGAAACAUCAAAAUCCUCUCGGGGAAGGGAGAUUUCAGGGUCAAAUGUCAGAAGAAAUUCACCACCUAGAGGACAGGUGUCCGACCACGAGGCUGAUCUUGCUAGAGCUGCGAGCAGUGACAGGAGAUAUUUACCAGAGGGUAAAGACAGGAGAGGAAGAAAACUCGAUCCUGAUGUGCCCCUGGAGCUGCCCAAAGAGGGCCCUAAGGUGAGCAGAAGACAACGAGGACGAACCAGUGAUGAAGUCAUCACCUCCACCACAUCCACCACCUCCACCACAUCUGCUAAGCCCAGACCUACGGGACGAAGUCGUACCAGAGACUCUGGUGAAUCCAAACGAUCCUCUCCCAGGAGAAUCACUGAACGAAGUACUGAAAGACGAACAGCUGAGAAGGAAGAAUCAACGCCGAGGACCUUGGGACGAAGAAUAAUCGAACGCAGCACUCGGAGGAGUGAUCCAUCCGCCGGUUCUGAUCAGGCACCAGCUGGUAGUACCUCAACAGUGAAGACCACGACAUUCACGUCGAGGAAAAGUUCGGUGGAAACUUCGGAGUAUGCGGAAUACACUCGACGAUUUCCUCCAAAAUAUUCGGUGUUUACACCCGGUGAGUUUGAAAGCUUUGAUCCACUCAAGGACAUUCAGACGGAUGUGAAGUCCAGAAAAUCACCUGCAACGACCUCGUCGAAGCUUCGCAGUACCGGGAGAAGUGGUGAAUCGAUAUCACGAAAGACUCAGAACUCAAUUGAAUCGGAUUCAUCGACGAAGUCUCAACCUGGGGCCAAGGCCGAAAAAUAUGCUGCAUCAUCGGAGAAGAUUUCGCGAUUCAGAGCGAGAUCAGAGAUCCCACAAGCUCGAUCCACGAAAAUUGAGAUAAAUACAUUGAAGCCUAAGGUAUCCGUCAAGAUCGAUAAAUUAAGAUCACCAAAAGGUGAAUAUCAAGCUCGGACUAAGGCCCCGGGGAAAAUCGAUAAACUGCGAUUAUCGAGACAAGAAAUUACCCCAGAAACGACAACUCAGUUUCUCGAUACGACGCCCGGAGUGACAACACUUCCACCCGAUCUCCAGGACUCGACACCUUUUCUCGCAGCUGAAUCAUUUCAAUCGUCGACACAAGUGUCACCAAUCGCCCUUUCCACAUCGAUCUCUUCAUCUUCUUCAAGCAGAGAAGGUAAAGAGACGGUGAAUAAACGAAGACAGGCCCCGGUGACUUCAACCCCUUCGAACAGGCCAUCGCAACCGCCCCCGCCGAAGGACGAUUAUUUCAAUCAUGGAUUGGGUUUCCGAGGGAGAAAACCUCACGCAGCAUCAGCUUCAGGGACACCCCAGGGGAAUCCCACGAGUGGUAAUCCAGGAUGGACACUCAAGAGACGGCCUCAUACCUACGCUGAUGCCAAUCAGACAGGAGGAAUGGCUCCCCCAGUAGCUGCCAACGAAAUUCCUUCUGCUCCUCGUAGACAGGUGUCCUCGGUCAUCUUCAAAAUAGACAGGGAGAUAACAUCUGAUGAUAAUUAUCCGCCUGAGUUCAAGGCCAAGUUGGCCACAUUGAAUCGCUCUGACCAAGAUGUUCCUUCCAGCGGCUCCAGGAUCACCGAAGACAUAAUGAUGACUGUUAUUCGACACUCACGCUCGGUCGACCAAAAAGCUAUCGACAGUGCAUUCCCGGAAAAUGAUCAAUUUCCGGAGACAGUUUCCCCAUUUCCGGUAGUGACGACUCCGUUAGGGGAACCGGAGGAGGCGCUCGACACUUUUCAGGGGUCAAAGAAGCGUCCAGGGAGCAUUCCAAUAUCAGCCAAAUCGAGGGAGAAGUUGGCCAUUGCCAGGAGGCUCAUUAAACCGGAGAUCAUUAGCGAGGAGGUGAUUGGAAGCCAUGAGAUAAGAGCAAUUUCCUCGAGAACAUCCAGAACGACAACUGCUAAGGCCCCGUCAGGAAAGCGAUUUGGUACGUCAACGACUGCUAGACCAUCACCAACAGUUCCAACAUCGAAAUCGUACACCAGGACGAGUAAGAGCGUCCAAAGGAGUAACGUCAGAGUGGUGGAGACCACGAGUAUUCGUAAACUUCGACCGGACAGGACAACGGAUGACAAUGAACUGGUCCAGACGACCCUCCCCUACUCCCCGGAGCCACCAGCAGAAGCUGUCAGAUCGCAGACAGUCAAGUCAUGGAUCCUGUCUCCCAGAGGGAAGAGUCCCCCCCCGGAAAAAUCCCCAACGACAACCAGAAGAUCACGAUCUCAGAGCUCAGGGGAAUCAACGACAAGGUCGUCAUCUCUGGAAGCAGUGACCCAUAUCCAGAAGAUUUCUAGAACAACCAAGAGACCUAGACACUGGAAUGCUGCGUACAUCGAUAAGAAUUGGCAGGACCCGUCGGAGAGGUUCUCCGAGUCAACGGAAUCCCCAGCCACGAGAAGAUCCUUCACCCCAUCCAGGCUAACAAAACCCAGUUCCUCGGAGAUAUCGAGGUCAUCGGAAUUGGGAUCAACAACGGUGAGACCUCUUCAGCCGAUAAAACGACGAGAGUCUCGGCCAAGAACUGCCACUUAUCGUCGACAUUCAGAGGGGCCAGUGACCUCAGUAACCGCUGCAACAGUAGAAAGUAUUGCGAUAACACCGAAGAUACCGAAAUUUCAUUCAUCUGUGAGGUCUUCAAACUCCUCAGAGCGGCCGGCAAGACAGGAACCCGCGGUGAGUGUUGCAGAAUCCAAUGGUACUCUCAUCAACGAUGGAAACUCAACGGGUAUUUUCCUGACUAAUCGAGGCAGCAGCGGGACAGCACCUGGGGGUGAUUCAAAUAUAUUUAAUCCUGCGAGAACUACGUACUUGAUCAGCUCCAAUGCCACCUUGUUGGAGCAGCUACGAAGCACUGUUGCACCGUUGCUGACGGCCCUGGGUAACCGGACGCCAAUUUUCUCGGCUGCCUACAGCACCGUCGAUCCUGGAAAUUCAACGCGGGUGACGCCGAGCGGCUCACCAGCAAGAUUCAGCGCCAGAUAUCGUGGUGCUGAGCUGUUUGUGAGAAAACCAAGUGGCCUUGAUUCAUCAGGACCCACAACACCACUCACGUCAAGCCAGGACGGUUCAUCGCCCCAAAUAUCAGUCUCAAGUCCUGGCGAGCCCAAAGUCAUAACGUUUUACCAGGCCCUGGAAUCAGCUAGUAUAACCAACGAAAUUGACCAAACAACUGACAACGUACGUCAAUCGAUAAUUGAUACGGUACAACAGGUAGCGACCAAUAACGAAACUAGUGACCCUAACGUAACGCGUAACGCUAACAAUGACACAUCAUCAACGAUAGAGACAAGUGUAGCGCCAGUAACAACGAUUGAUAGCUUAAUCAAUGUAGAUGAUACCCCAGUCCCAGAUAUCACAACCGCGAUUAUCACAACAACGUCCAUUAAUCCACCUGACACAACUGAAGCCGCUGAUGUCAGUGCGACUUCAGUAGCUAGUGACACGACAGCAGAAGUAAUGUCUUCUGAUUCCACUAUGUCCACCCCUGAACCAACAUCAGUCACACCCAAGUUGCCCGAGAUCGAUGUAAAUACGGUUGACAGUCCCAUCGAUACCUCGACCAUCGAACUAAGUAAUGAAGUGAAUGAUACGACAGACCCGACGACGACUGAAGUAUCACCAGCUUCGAUGGACUCAACGCCGCAGAUCAUGAGUUCGGUAACGAGAGAACCGAUGGAGAUCCUCAUGACAAGUCUGAUCGAUUCGAUGAUGGCGUCGAUGGAAACAACAGCUGUUGAUCUGGAUAAUUCGAUUGUUGAAUCGUCAACGGUCUCGCCAACUCCCGAAGAAGCUGCUCCUACGGAAAGAUCUUCAGAGACAACAGAAGUUGGUUUAACAACUUCAGAAGCCACAGCUGCAUCGGCAGAAACCACCGGAGCUUCUGCACCCACCGAAGCAACGACAGAAGCUCUUCCUUCGACUUCAGAAGCAACAACAGGAUCUGAAACAACUGUAGGUGCGGCAGUGAUCGAAAUGACAACAGAAGCUGAUUCAACGACUUCUGUUGGACCAGAAACAUCUGCCCCAUCCGCAUCUGUCGAAUCAACAACAGAAGUCCUCAUCACGACCCCCGAGACCGCCACUACGUCCCUGGAUAGUCUCUCUCAACUGAGAGAAUCGACGACGAUUAAUCAGGUAAUGAUCCAGGACAGCACAUCUCCGAUAUCAACUGAAUCUUUCACAAUGGAAAUUGGCACAACCCAAUCCCCCGAAAGCACAACCCUUCGCGAUGAAAAUACCACCGAUAACGACGUAAAUCUCUCGGAUAUCGACGAGACAUUCCUGAGUGAAAUGAUGAAGAGACUAAUGAAUGUCUUCAACAUCAACAGUGAUUCGUCGCAUUCACAGAAUGUAAAUGCAUCGUCCGGCGAUGCUGGCGACCCAGCCCAGAUGUUAGGUGGCUUUCUAGAUAACACAGAUAGAAAUCUAACACUAGAAGUAGAGACUCUAGGUCAAGCGAAUAAUACAGUAGAAACAACAGCUCUAGGAGCUGAAGUGGAGUCAGAAACAACACAAGCAUCACAAACAGAUAAUCCAACGACAUCAGAAAUUCAAAAUGUUGAAACAACACCUCCUGAUGUCACCACAUCAUCACCACCCCCAGAAUCAACUCAGUCCCCAACAAAAUUAGAUGAAACAACCGCUAAUGAAUCAACAACACUAACUUCCACCCCCGAAUUAUCAAAUUCCUCAACAGAAAGCUCCACCGAUUCCCCAAAUUACGAUUCCACAACAACAGAACAAAUCGCGACGACCCAAUCCCCAGUCACACCAACAACCCCUGAAGAUACAAGUACACAGAUCUCAACGACAAUCCCCCCAGAUCCCUCGACCCCACAAAUGGCCCCAGAAUCGCCACCCCCUACAGACAAUCCUAAUUUACUUGCCGGUUUCCAGGACCGAACACCAGCAACCGCCCAAACGACGGCGAGUGACGAGCUCACCCCAACCCCAGACCCAUCUCCAACCACCCCCGUCUCCUCCCCAACAACCCCCACCACCCCAAUUUCACCUACCACCCUAUCCAGCACUAUUCAGUCUGAUAGUGCGACAACAGUUGCACCAGAGUCAACGUCAUCGAUGGCUCAAGCCUCGUCCGAGUCGUCAGCUACAGCCCCCACGAUGACGACAACCUCUGGGGCCUCACCAGCCACCACUGGGGCCCCAGUGACCCAGUACUCUGGUCGUUUUGGUGCCACUAGAAUGACACCAGCUCCCAGAUUCAGCUCCAGUUCGUCCACUCUUGUCCCCCUGAGGGAUUACCACGUUUACGGAAUUUAUCCGAACAAGACAAUAGUGAGAAAACGACCUGAGGACAAUCUUAUUGAUGCCCGAAAUGUUGACAGCCCCUACGUCAUCUUUGGCAUCUUCCCUGAUGGAAAAUUGGUUCGCAAGUACCCGAAUGGAACGGUAAUACCGGACCCACCGAGCAAUCCGGUAGAAGUUGUCUUCUCGCUUAGUACUACCACAGCAAGCAUAACUAACCGGCCAAUACCAAUUACGUCUAACCCUGGGAAUAACAAAUCGAAUGUUUUUAUUAAUAAUCGUAUUAUGGAUAAUUUAAUGAGUUUACCAAUUGGAGUCAGCGGUAAUCGUAGCCAGCUAAAUCUUGGACUGUCUGGUAACGCUAUCACUAUCGACGGAGAUGAACCCAAUCAGAGUGACGUUUCCACUUUAUUGCCGGGUGUUGGUAACGUCGGCAACCAGAGUACCAGCAAUCAAAUGAGUGAUAUUCCGUUGAAUUCGCAAAUGGAAUUGUUGAAUGGAACAACGGAGAUGGGAUUAUUGACGACAGAGGGACCACCAUCAUCAGCAACACCCUCCAGCGUCAAUCCUCAGGGUGGUCGGAUUAUUCAGGACAGAGAGAGGGACAAGGCCAGCAGGACUAAGGAGGCCGGAGGUCAACGCAGCAGCGUGUACAUUGGACAGGAGAAGUUCAUCAACUACUGGAGUGAUGAUUCAGCUAAUAAGAAUGAUUCGAGGGUAGUCAGUGUGAAGAUUAAUUCAAUCACGAGUGCUGUGAACGAGGGUCCAGUAUCGAGCACAGGUCCACUACCUCCCCUGGACAUAAUUUCCCAGGAUCAGGUCACAGCUCCCCCAGGUUUCCCCUGGAAGGAUCCAUUAGAUCAGAUCUUCGGUAUCACAACUGAGUCCCAAGUGAUUCGAGCAUCAGUUGCCUCCAAUACCAUCGACGAACAGAGUCCAUCGAGAUCCCCGAUCACUGUGCCUCCCAUAAAUCGGCUUGCCGAGGUCUUCACCCCCAUGUUGAACGACGCUACGUUGGCAAGAGACACUUCGAUCACGACCACCACUGUUGCACCUAGUGUCUCUACCACAUUCAGUACUACAUCUACGACCACCUUAGCAGCUACAACCAGUACUGCUACCACGAGGCCAACGACCACAACAACAACGACAACAACCACUGCGGUACCCAGUACAGUGCCAGUGACAAUCAGCAGUACAACAUUGAAUCCUACAACACCGUCAUUUAGUACUGUCGCUGGACGACCAACACCCUUUGGAGCUACUUUCGAUGAUCUAGCCUUUCUCAAUUCAUUGUUACAGUCGAACCAGAACGGAAACUUCAUCAGCAGUUCUACCCCGAAAACUCUCAAUGACGUGGAGAAACUCCUGGCGAACCGAAUAUUAUCCUUGGCACUGGGUAAUGCCGGUCCCACUCGUUCACCAAAGGCAAUUCAGCCAUCAAAUUCAGCACCAAAUUCCCUGGAUCCAUAUCCACCAACUGGCAGCACAUCGCAACCGAUAAUAAUCGAUCUUCUGAAGUCGACAUCGAAAAAAGUAGUUCUCAGUACCACUAGUGCACCAGUGACGUGGAAGCCCACGGUCAUUGUCACGGCUUCUCAUACAGGCCCUAGAUACACUGCAACGUCGACACUACCACCAGUACCAACUCUACCAACGUCAUCUCCGAAAAUUGGUAAUACAGUUGAUUUAACGUCAACACAGAUUCCCUGGAUGUUUCCCACACAUCCACCAACCAUGAGGACCACUAGUACCACCACAACAACCACGACAACACCUCCUCCAACGACAACGACGACAACAACUCCUCGUCCAACGACAACGACGCAGAGGGCCAGCACAGCACGAAGACCACCACCAAGGCCAUCACCAACGCAGCCACCAUUCAGAUUUGGGGCGAACCUCCUUCAGGCGAUAUUCGGGAGGAACAUAUUCGCUCCCCAGAGCACUCAGAGGCCGACCAUCAUCAGGAGACCUCAGGUGACUGUUCAGAUCACUCCGAGAACAACAACUUCCACGACAACGACGACUCCCAGGCCCUCCACCACAUUUUCACCUGAAGAUGAUGCCAAGUUCCUCCUGCAGCUUCUCAACGCUGCUAAUAACGAGAAAAAACCUUCGAAGGCGGCUGGUGAGUUGUCGAGGGACGAUGAGAGCUUCCUGAGGUCGAUUUUGAAUGGACAAGCGACGGUGAAGACACCGAGUCCUGGGGGCAGCACUCCAAGCGACGCUGCCUUGUUAGCGAAAUUGCUGGAGGCUCAGGGAAUCAGACCCUCCACUCCUGCUAAUAAUAUCAGGGAUCAGCUGGAUUUCCUGUCGAAGGGGGGCUCGACGACGCACUCACCCAAGACGACCCCGAGAAGAAUAACGACCAGCAGGCCGAGGGUAACAGACUGGGCUCCGAGCUCUACUUACCCAUCUCCACUUUUCAGUAAUUUUAAUUUCGGGGCGGACAGGCCAAGGGGACAGGGAGGGGCCGAGGGAGCCGAGGGCUUCAGGAAUCAGAUGCUGAACGCCGCUAUCGGGGCCACGCGGGUCUUUAGUCAGUUUCUUGGUGCUGCAAUUACGGGAGCAGCACAACAGUUGCAAUCGAUAGUGAGAAAUGGCACGCGAAUAGUCUCCGAGGUCGUUGGCUAGUCGACGUAAUCGCAGGAAGGAAAAACCAAUCAAUCGAAAAUAACAUUUUCGUCAUGUAAUUAAUUUUCAUUCGAUCGUACAGUUCGAUAGUACUUCCCCGUGAUCCUUGAAUCAUCCCGAUUACUAUCUCAACUGAAAACAUGAUUUUUUUUUCUAUUGUAUUUAAUUCCUUGUAAAUGAUGCAUCCUCCUGGAGACAUUGUUUCCUUUUAUUAAUCCCGGAAGUGACGAAUUGGCGUUUACGAAUAUUCCGAUGAACUUGGGAGGAUAUUCGUAUGUCUCGUGGUGAUACAAAUCAAUUCUCACCUCUUGUAAUUAAUCACACAGCAGAAAAUAACAAUUUGUCAUUGAUUUAAUUGCAGGGGCGGGAGUGAGAGGUAAAACAAGCGCUUUGCAAACGUUUCUAGGGUAAUUCAGUCAUUUAUUAAUGAUCCAAUAAUUGCUCGAGUACUCGUGAAACAUUUGCAACGUUAUAAUUAGUAUAAUUACUUGUGUUUUUCAUAAAUCCAUCGAUUGUAUGAAUUCUUACCGAUUUUUUUUUACCUUCAUUAUCUCCGGUGUUAACAGAUAUUAGUGAAGCUUUAGUGUUACGUAAUUAUUAUAUUUUGUUAUUAUUAAUUAUUUUAUUUUCUACUGAGUGCAGUAUAUUGUGCUCUCUGGGGGUCUUUGAUGAUGCAGUAAUUACGCCUGUGUACAUGUAUUAAUUAAUCUGUGGGAGUACGUUGUUUUUUUUUUGUAAUAUAAAAGAAAUUUUAAUAAAUGGAGAUAAAAGUGAAAUGUCAAAUUUCCCAUGUACAUAAAAAUUAUCCUGAACAGAAAAAAAACAGCGCCCUCAGCUGUCAACGACUGCGUGGGAUAAUUUUUUUUUUCACAACACAGUUGGGUCUUGCCAGGCACACACUUGUUCCACUGAUUCUUUCUCUUCGUUGAUUUUUUCCCCUAGUUUGUUUUUUCGAUGAAGGCUUUUUUCACAUGUCUUCUUUUCGGGAAUUAAUCACCAAGUGCGACAAGUAUAACGACCAUUAGAGGAAUUAGGGAAUUCUUCUGAAUGGUGUUAGGUACAAAGAGAAGGACUAAUUGCUGCAUUAAAAAAAUGUGUCAGAGGGAAAUUAUUUCUGUUAAUAAAGAUUUUAGUUGAAAAAAUGA